AUGGCAUACGUCGCAGUGGCGAAAGCCCUCUACGACUACGCUCCCCAGGACCCAGAGAGCGAACUCGCAUUCAGCGAAGACCAGAUCUUAUACAUUGUCGACAAGGAGGAUGACGAGUGGUGGAAGGCCAAGCUGAAGGAGGAAGGCGGCGGAGGGGCCGAGGGCGGCGUGGGGCUUGUCCCGGCAAACUAUGUCGAAGAGAUUCCGCCCCUCAGUGCCACUCGUGCCAUGUUUGCGUACGACUCGACGUCCCCAGAGGAACUUUCCAUGACCGACGAGGCCACCCUGCAUGUUUUCUCGAUCGAAGAAGACUGGCUCCUUGUCCGCCUCGAAUCUGACGGUACCGCUGGAAAGCUCGGUUUUGUCCCGAGAAACUAUUGCGAACCGUUGGAAGAGUCUGAGGGGCAAGUCGAAGUUGCCGAUGCGAGGGAGGCGGAAGAAGAGAUGGAGGCGCAGAGGCAGAGAGAGUUGCAGGAAAAGCAGAGGCAGCUCAAGCUCAAGGACAAGGUGGAGACUUGGAGCAUCAGUGAGCUGGACGGCAAGAAGAAGAAGAAGGGUACCCUUGGAGUGGGCAAUGCUGCCGUCUUUUUCGCUUCCGACACGGACAAAGCUGCACCCGUCAAGCAAUACCCUAUCACCUCUCUCCUCGCCGUGUCUCAGCCUUCGUCCAAACUUCUCUCUCUUUCCCUCGAUUCACUCCCUCAACCGCUCGACUUUCACUGCGGCAGCUCAGAUACCUCCAAAGCUAUCCUCGCGAAAUUGGAACAGAGCAAGGAAGCUGCCGGUGAAGCUUUGGAGCUGCUGAAUGCCGAGGCGGGCCAAGAGUCUGAAGAGGAGGAAGAACCGGUGCCCGCCGCGCCGCCUGUCAGGAAUGUGCAAGAGCCAAAAGCUGUCAGGUUUGCUUCUUCUCCGUCUCCAUCACCGUCCCCUGCCCCGCCUUCUCGUGCCGUUGCUUCCGAGUCGGCUACCGUCCUCUACGACUUCGAUGCCGCAGGCGAUGACGAGCUGUCUGUGCAAGAAAACACCACAGUCGAGAUCGUGGACAAGGAGAAUGAAGAAUGGUGGUUGGUCAAAGACUCGCACGGACAACAGGGUGUCGUUCCAGCUGCCUAUCUUCAGCUCAAUGACGGGUCUGCCCCCGCCGCCCCCGUUGAAGACGACUCUGCUGCUCAAGCUAUCGCUGCUCAGGCUCAGGCUGACGCAGAAGCCCGCCGUCAGGCCGAUGCCCAAGCUCAGCGUGCUGCAGCCGAGGCAGAGAGAAAGCGUAUCCAGGCUGCGGCUCAGGAACGUCAGAGACAGGAGGAGGAAGACAGGGAACUUGCGGCGCAGAUCGAGGAAGAGCAGAAAGAGAGGGCGGCAAGAAAGGCGUUGAAGAGGCAAGAGGAGGAGAGGAGGAAGAGACAGGAAGAGGCCCAGGCCGCCCGGGAGAAUGCUCGAAGCGGCGGUCUUCAACCCCCUCAGAUCACCAAGCGUCCCUCCGACAAUGAUGUCGCCCUCGCUGCCUCCCGUCUCCCCACCCGUACUGCAUCCUCUGCCCCCGCCCCGCGCCCUCCUCCCGAGCAAUCUCGCCCCAAACCCAACCCCAACAAGAUCCGCACGUGGUCGGACAAGACUGGGCAAUUCAACGUCGAAGCCGAGUUCCUUGGUGUCCACGCUGGCAAGAUCAGGCUGCACAAGCUGAACGGCGUCAUCAUCGAUGUGCCCGUCGAAAAGAUGAGCGCGAGGGACAGUGAAUUGAUCAAGAGGCACGAGGCAAAGAGGGCCAAGGCUGCAUCGGCCGCAGAUGAUGAUCGACCUCUCGGGCAACAGAGCAGGAGGGUGCGGUCGCAUGAGAGCACGCACAGGGCAGAUGAACCUAUUCCUGCUGAUGUCAUGCGAGCUUCGAAAGCUUCGGCUUCCACUCGCCGUUCGACAUUCGACUGGUUUGAAUUCUUCCUCUCUGCCGGGUGUGAUAUCGACGACUGUACCCGCUAUGCGACCAACUUUGAGCGGGACCGAAUUGACGAGGCCAUUCUCCCCGACCUCGACAAUGGUACCCUUCGAAGUCUAGGUCUGAGGGAAGGCGACGUCAUCAGGGUCGCCAAAGCGAUCCAAGGUAGAUAUGCAAAGAAGGACCCAGAGCUGCAAAAGCAGAUUGACGCCGACGCCGAAUACGCGAAGCAAUUGCAAGAGUAUGACCGAAACGGUAGCAAGGGGCCUGCACCCCAAGCUCCUCCUGGGUUGUUUACUGGACCCAACGGCAAACUGGCAAACAAUACCCGCCGAGGGAGGCCCGAGAAAAAGUCGACUGGCCCCGAGUCUGUGGAUGCUGCUGCUCUGGCUGCCGCGUCUGACAAGCUCAACAAGGUCAGUCUGACGCCGACACCCCCAAGCGCCCCCACGCCGCCGCCUGUGACUGUCUCCCCGCCCGUGCCCGCCAAGAAGGAGGAGGAGAAGCCCAAGGCUGCGCCGAGCGGGUUUGACGACGAUGCGUGGACGAUCAAACCGCUGUCCUCUAAACCUGCCUCGCCGGCUCCGGCUACCAUCACCACUUCCAUAUCCCCGCCCCCUGCACCCGCCGCACCUCCUGCGACUUCGCCUUCGGUGGCCAACAAUACCGAUUCUCUACUCGCGCAGAUUAACAAUUUGAGACCAGCUAGUACGGGAGUGUCGGUGUCAAACCAGAACACUGGAGGCAGUUUUGGGCAGCAGACUCCUGUGCAGCAGCAGCAGCCUCAGGCACCCAAUGCGUAUGGCCUCGGCGUGCAGAACGCAUCUCAACCGCUCAACAUGCUUUCCCAGCCCACCGGCGCCAGCCCGCACCCCACCACCCUCAACUCUAUGGCUACGGGAGGCCAGGGCCCGAGAGGUCCUUUGGCGCCUGUAUCGGCCAACCAGAAUUUGCUUAACCCGAUGCAGCCGCAGGCUACGGGCAUGUUUGUGCCGACCAGAGGAUUGUCGCCCAUGCAAAGUCAGCAAACGGGGUGGCAGCAGCCUCAACCAACGGGAAUGCCCCAACAACCCCAGCAGACAGGUAUGAUGCCCCAGCAGACAGGUUAUGGUGGGUAUGGUGGUAUGGGGAUGCAACAAAACUUUACCGGAAUGCCCCAGCAACAAUCAAGCUUCAAUGCGAUUGCAUCCAUUCCUCCUCCCCAACCUCCUCAGCAAUCUGGUGGUGGUGACAAGUUUGCCCCAAGCAACAUCUUUGCUGCUAUGAAAAAGACUGAUUUCACCAAGCCCGAAGAGCAGAGACCGCAGGAAGCUGGUAAAUACGACGCCCUACGUCCCCUGGCAACAGGGUACAACGGUGGCAUGAUGCCCCAACAGACCGGCAUGUACCCCCAGCAAACGGGCAUGUAUGGUCAGCAGACUGGGAUGCCCCAGCAACAGAUGCAGCAGGGGAUGGUGCAGCAGCAAACGGGGAUGCCGAUGGGUGGAAUGAUGCCGCAGAUGACGGGCUGGAACCCGAACGGGGGGAUGUAUCAGAAUCAGGGAGGGUACGGGUACCGCUGA